GCACCGCAGUCUGCAGAAAAACGUUAGUACGCCCGGGGAGCCAUAGCUGAGCGCGAUUACAAUCGUCGUGUGCUCCGAGCGGGAGAAUUGCAUUUGAAAUUAUGAAAAUUUGAACGAUAAAUUUUCCAUCAUCACUCAGUUCUGCAAUGUUAUCGUCCUAAAUCGAAACAUAUCUGAUUGCAAAGAUCCAAGUUGAUGUAAAAUGUGAACGUAGUAAACAAUCAACAUUUGAAUAGGGUAAAUCUUGAAGUCAUUUGAUAAACAAAUUCAGUAGUGAGAGAGAGAGAGAUAUAGUCUGACAAUGCGACCAAGUGUCAUUCUGCCAGUGCUCGUGCUGUUCGUGUGCACUCGGGUUGUUAUCACAGAAGCCAAACUCCAGCAACAGGCAACGAUCGACGUGACCGAGGAGGAUGAGGACGAUGAUGAUUACGACGAUGACUACUCAAAGCCCGAGAUCGAUGACGACGGGAGAAUCUACAAAAAUCCCCGAAAUUCACCCUCGGCUAUGUGCCCGAGGGAUGAGAGCCAGGCAAAAUUACUCGGGCAAAAGUGUCUGAGGAAGUGCUCGACGGAUGAGGAUUGCAAGAGUUCGAAGAAGAAGUGCCGGUGCGAUGGUAUCUGCGGUAUGUCCUGUCUCAAACCCGAGAAAAUGUGUCCUAUCCUGCAGGAGAUAUCUUACGGUAGAAUGACAGUUACUGGUAAUUUCUUCGGCGAUACUGUGCAUUAUGAGUGCGAUCCGGAUUACUUCAUGGUGGGACUCGGGGAGAGAAAUUGCCGGGGCGACGGGACUUGGAGUGGUACCGUGCCGGCUUGCAAGAAGGAUACCAAUUCCUUCUGCACUGAGCCACCGAAAAUUGCUAAUGCGAAGAACAGUGCACCCCAGGAUCAGACGACAUUUGAUGUGGAGAAUACGGUUCAGUAUUACUGCGAUCACGGGUAUGAAACGAUGACGCUGUUCCAAGAGGCCAAAUGCCUGAUGAUGGAUGGAAAGGUCAGUUGGUUUGGACCGGACAUAGCAUGCAGCCCGAAGAACUGCGGCUCACCUCCGGAUAUACCGAACGGAUGGCACGCGGGUGAGUGUCAUACCUACAAUUGUCGAGUUUCCUAUCACUGCGCUGACGGGCACGAACUAGUCGGCAAAGCGGAGAAAGUUUGUCUAGCUGACGGCACUUGGACACCGAAGGAUCUUCCCCAGUGCGUUCAAGUAACGGCCGUUCAAUGCCCAUUACCCGAUCAUCCAACCAAUGGCAAAGCCAUUUACACGUCCUACGCUUACAAUGCGAUUGUCUCAUACGAAUGUAGAUAUGGUUACAUAUUAGUGGGACAGGGAACGAGGAAGUGUCAGGCUGAUAGGAAAUGGUCUGGGCAAGCUCCCAUGUGUAAAGAAAUUGACUGUGGCUCACCCGGAAUUCUGUACAACGGAUGGAUCGAGGGUAUUGAUGGGGGGACCGGUCUCGGGGCAAGUAUAAUCUUUCGUUGUGAGACUCAUAUGAAGCUCGAGGGCAACACAUCGUCGGUGUGUCAGAAGGAUGGCAAAUGGCGAUAUCCUUUGCCCCACUGUCUCGCACCAUGUAUCAUUCCCCAGAUUGAGAAAGGCCACAUUACUGUGGACCAUCACGAUACAUCACCCGAUCAUAUAAACAAUGUUACGGUUGUUGAACACGGGGAUAAGCUCAAAGUCUUCUGCAUACCAAACUAUGAAUUUGCGCAGAACAGUACACCAGUUGUCUGCAACAAUGGAACCUGGAGUAUUAUUCCAACAUGUUCACCAGCGAGAUGCAAACAAUUGCCAAGAACACCGAAGAACGGCAUGGUGAUUGCCCCGAAAAUGAAUCACGGAAUGAAGGCUGUGUUCAAGUGUAAGGAUGGGUUUGUACUGAUCGGUGGCCCUAAGAAUGAUUCCUUCCAUGUGGAGUGUCACUACGGCACCUGGAUUGGUCACACUCCGUAUUGCGAGGAAGUCUACUGCGCCUUUCCAGGGUACGUUCCCAACGGAAAGGUUCUUCUCGUCGGGAAUAUGGGAGUCUACGACUACCGGCCCUACGUCAAGAAGGUGCCCAACAACAAGCAGAUUAUGUACGACUGCGACAAGGGAUAUGUUUUGAGUGAGGGGCCUCCUGGUGCAACGUGCGUCGGUGGCAAUUGGAGUCCACGAGAAUUACCGGAAUGCUUACCCGGACAACAUCCACGAAUUCGAUGGAGCCGGCGAAGAAGAUCCAUUAAUGAACUGGAGGCGACAGGCAACUCAACGACGAAUUUCAAAAAGUUCAUUGAGUUCUUUCGACGUGUUGGCAAGAAAUUGCUACAUAUGGAAUUGGAUAAAGCACAAGAAGCUGAACGACGUGAAUUGGAGGCUGAAGAAUUCACCAACUUCACAACUAAACCCUUGGAGUUAGUUGAUAAUAAACCGCAGAAUAGCUCCGAUAAACUCGAUAUCAAGAUUCAUCCGAUAAAUUCCACCAAUACUAUCCAGAGUUUGUUUGUUAGGAAGAAGCAUUCCCCUCAUCGUAAUAAAUCACGCUCCAAGGAUGAUAAGAUGAUAGACUUCCUGAAGAUUGUUUAUCGUAAACUUAAGCGUAUUGAUUCAAAGAGGAACAACACCGGUGUUAACACAACCAUGCACGAACUACUAAAUCUCAUGACAAAAAACUUCUUCCACGUUGAUCUCGCUGAGUCUCGUCGUAACAAUACAAAUCGCAAUCACGACAACUUUGAAAUCCGUAAUCAACGGGAAUUCAGCAAAUUAAAACGUGAAUUCGAGAGGAUAAUGAAGUUUUACAACAAAUCACUCAGAUGGAGUGAGAAACAGAGUAGAAAAGACUCCAAGCGACGAAAGACUGAACACAGUGAUGAUAAUAAAGUUUCCAAAGAAAAGAAACGAAAGAAGGGAGCCAGAUUGAAAAGUUAUUACCGCGGUUUCUACGAGUUUAUCAAUGGCUAUGUCAAUGAAAAAUUAUCAAUAUUGGAGUCACAGAAUGGAACUGACGAGCUCAUGAGAAAAAUGAACAUUGACAAAUUUACCGUACGCAACGGGACAACCUUCACCGUCGGCGAAAUAUACGCGUUCUUCAAACAUAUCAUAGAUAAUAAAUUGCAUUCCGAGGAUAUCGUGACAAUGCCACAGCCCACAUCAUCACCCCCAACAUCCACAAGUCCAGGUACAAGCGAUAAUGAAAUAAUUUCAUCAACUGCACCAUCAUCAACCACUGAAUUUCAUCUGGACAAUGAGAUACCGAAUUCGGGAAAUAAAAGCGAAGUAGCUAAACAUCGUACCAAGAGAAUAAGAAAUGCCAGUGAACAGACAACAAGUGCACCCCAUCAAAAUCGCAAACUCUUGUCGGUAAAUUCACCGUUGAGCAGCUCAAAGAUAUCGUCACACACUAGUAGCGCCCAAUUAUCAAAAUCAAAGCAAUUUACACUGAAUGGUCUCGAUGCGCAGCAGCAGAGCCGCACAAAGAGGUUCCUACCACCAUCUGAGUUGGAUAAUCAAAUAUUCCUUAAGAAUCUUUAUCUAAAUGCUUACGAGGACGAAUACAGGGCGAAUGUUCGUCGUUCGAUUACACAGGACAGUGGACGCGCUAAUUGGACAGCUCUGAGGCGUCGCAAGGGUAAUCUCGGUCAUUAUUCGAUCAAGUGAGGAGAAUAAUUUAUUUGUGAUAUUAUGAAGAAAAAUCAACAAAAUAAUUCAAAAACAAUUUAUUAAAACAUUUACCAAUUAUCGAAUGAAAAUGAAUGAUUUUAGGUGACUAUACACAAUAUUAUACAAUAGUUGAUGGUUAAUCCUUUCACCUUCCAACACUGUAACGUGUAUAACUGCUUUUUUGAAUAAAAAUGGGAACUAAAUGAGA